CGCAACAACGCCAACAAUCGACCAUGGGAUUUUCGACUGCUGAGCGCAAUCGCCGAAAGAGAGAGCGCAAAAAGCGCGAGCGCGAAGACCAGCGUAAAGAGGAAGAAGCCGAAAACCAAAAAAGCGCGGAAGUGGCGAAAGCAGAUGAGGACGAUGAAGACGAGGUGGAGGUCGAAUACGUUGCCGAGCCCAUCUUGCCAGCCGAUGAGGCGUUUGACGCUUUGCGAAAGUUUCAGGAGAGAGCUGCGGCUGUGGUUGUUUCGGAUGACGAUCGUGGUGAAUAUUCCGAAGCGAAAAGUGUAGAUAUCGAGGGCGGACACGAGGAGUCCAAUGAAGAUGAGGAAGAUGGUGGUGCGGUCAGCAAGCGAAAACUUCGCGAAUUGUUGCGUCCAUCAGUUGCCGAACUCAAGAGGCGUGUACUUCGCCCUGACUUGGUAGAAGCACAUGACGUGACCGCCGCCGAUCCGGAUUUUCUCAUCGAGCUCAAGGCAGCUGCUGGCACAGUACCUGUCCCGCGACAUUGGGGUCGGAAGCGUAAAUACCUGCAGGGCAAGCGGGGUUUUGAAAAGCCGCCAUUUCAACUCCCUGAUUUCAUUAUCAAGACCGGUAUUACCGAAAUUCGUGAUACAGUCAUGGAGGCUGAAUCAGACAUGUCUGCGAAACAGAAAAAUCGUUCGCGCGUUGCUCCCAAAAUGGGUGCCAUUGAUGUCGAUUACAAAACUCUACACGAUGCCUUUUUCAAGCAUCAAACUAAACCGGCAAAUCUCACAAAGUUUGGAGAUACCUACUACGAAGGAAAAGAGCUCGAGGUACAGGCAAAGGUGCAGCCUGGAGGGCCGUUGAGCCAGAAACUCCGGGAUGCGUUGGGCAUGGCUUCUGAAUCCUCGCCGCCACCGUGGCUGCUGAAUAUGCAACGUUACGGACCACCACCGAGCUAUCCGUCUCUCAAGAUUCCUGGUUUAACUGCCCCGUUGCCAACACAAGAGUGUCAGUAUGGCUACCACCCAGGUGGCUGGGGAAAGCCACCGAUUGAUGCCUACGGUCGCCCACUGUACGGCGGCAAUCCUUUUGACGCCCCCGGUACCGGAUCUCGCAAGGAUACUACCAACAGUGCCCUUGUGACAAGCGACGGCAAAACGAUUGCCAAAGCACAAUGGGGAGCGCUACCAACAGGCUUUGUCGACGAUGCCGAAGCGUCGGAAGAAGAGUCGAGCGACGAAGACAUGGAAGAAUCAAGUGAGGAGGAAGAAGAAUCAGAGGUUACGGUUGUCGAUGGUACAGAUUCAGUAUUGUCUCCACCUCCGAGCUUGACAUCCUCAGGACCCAUGGAUCUACGCAAACAGCAUGGGAAUGAAACACCUAUGGAUCCUUCGGCGCCGAAGCAACUCUAUCAGAUUAUUGACCAAACCAAGGCCGUUACUUCUCAGGGAACUGUCUUUGCUUCUGAAAUGUCCUAUCUGGUUCCAGGACUACAAUCAGCUAUACCUGAGGGUGCCGAAAGCGUUUUAUCCAAGGCCUUACCAGCUGGUGAAUCGUCCAAGCGGAAAGGCAAAGAUGAAGACGAUGAUAUUGGCAAGAACUUUAAAUUCUAG